AUGGGGCCCACACACAGGCGCCACAGUCGCAGCAGUAUCCCAGGACCUCUGCAGGGAGAUGGUCAGAAUGUGGCCUCCAUCCUGGAGCUGGUUCACCAUCUCAUCUAUGAAGAGGAGGAAGAGGAGCGCGCACACACACAGGGCCUGGCGGUGGGGGAGCAGGCCCACAUGGCUCUGCUGGGGCACAGUCUGGCUGCCUACAUCUCAGUCCUGCCCCGGGACAGAGUGCGCAGCAUUUCCACCCGCGUCCUCUCAGACUGCACUCUGUGGUUGUGCCGGCUCUUCAGGUGA